GCGCUAGAGUUACCCCCCUCAACGUUGUUAAGGACGCCAUAUUGGAUGUUGUGUUUGUCAGUUUACAUGACAAAGUUUGGUUGAUAACUUGAUCUAUCGCCGAAUUUUCAUCAUGGGAGAAGAAACCGCCGAGCUGUCUGAAUCUAAAUCUGUCGUACCAGAGGCGGAGAGCGAUUUGUCAAUCCCGGACACAAAAGAAACUGCUCAACAGAAUUCAUAUGUCAUCAGACCAAAUUUUUCCCAAAAGUUCCGUCCGGUGAAUGUGAAAGAAAUGCUGCAUACUGUGCUGGGGGAGAAGUUGACGGGGAAGACGUACAGCUCCGAGGACACGACGGCCUGGACCAAGGAGAUCUCUGAGACCAUCAGGGACCGGUUGAAAGACAUGGGCCACGACAGGUACAAGUUUGUCGUACAGGUCGUGAUCGGGGAGCAGCGGGGGGAGGGCGUCAAGAUGUGCUGUCGCUGUUUCUGGGACUCCGACACAGACAACUACGCUCAAGACAUCUUCAUGAAUGACUCGUUAUUCUGCGUAGCUGCAGCGUACGGCGUGUUCAAAUAUUGAGGCAGAGACGAGGGGAGCUACGAGGCAUCGACGCAUAGACGUAGAGGGGGCUACAGGGAGAAACAUACCCACGGAGAAACAGACAUACAAGACAUGACCUGAUGGACAACGUACGAAAGAUUUAGUGUGAUGAAGACAUCACCUGAUUAUACAACGGACGUGACGACUGGAUGGGAACACCGUGGAAGCCCCCGCCAAACUUGCUGUGGCAAUGUCAGAUAAAUGUUUGAAGAUUUCUCAUCUCAUCACUGUCAGAAAGUGCUGCAAGAAUUGGGGUGGGGAGGAGCCACUGAUGGGAGGGGUGUGAUUCAACAGCUUUGAUUUUGUUUUGGUUAUCCAGUAACUUUUUCAGGAUGGGGGGGGGGGAGAAAAUUGCACUCUUUUGAUGAAUGAUUUUUCUUUUCGUGAAUUGUUCAUAGAAAAAUGUAUAUAGAUCUAUAUGUGUGAGAAAAUGUGAGAGUGAGUGGAAGUGACUGCGCCAUCUCUGGAAAAUGCUGGUUUGAGAGUGUUGUGUCUUGGUGUGGCACAUUUCUUAACUUUUUGUGUUUGUCUGUCAUCUCACCUUUUGUAACAUUUGUCUGUCAUCUCACCAUUUGUUACAUUUGUCUGUCGUCUUACCUUUUGUUACAUUUGUCUGUGUUCUCACCUUUUGUAACUUUUGUCUGUCGUCUUACCUUUUGUAACAUUUGUCUGUCAUCUCACCUUUUGUUACAUUUGUAUGUCAUCUUACUUUUUGUAACAUUUGUGAGGCAUAUAUAUAAUAAGGGGUUGAGAUGCAAAACCCUCCAAGUGACAUAUAUCGGAAAAAAAUGAGUUUUUCGUCAAAAUUGGAAAUUGCUUUCAAUUAUCAAAUGCACAAAGUGUUUUUGGCCAAAACCCAACCCAUCCUUCACAAAAGCCACCAAAAAAAUCUCGGUAGAUUUGUGUUUGUCUGUGUCAGGGCAUUUGAGACUACCCGGUACUUAAGUCCCUUUCAACACAAUGUCGCUAAAGAAGCUACUUUACAAUUGCUGGAAGUUUAAGAGAAAAAAAAUGAACCCUCCAGCUGAAUGUAGGAUUCGAACCUAUGGUGAACUUGGGAGAGGGCCUUUCAUACUCACUCCAGAUGAGAAAUAACGUGUGCCGUGUUGCCCCCCGAAUGCUAGCUCAGCCAGAUGUCAAGGACAUGUGGUUACUUGACGGAGGCAUUGCGCUGCCAAGAGAAAAAUGCUCCAAGCUAAAGGGAUUUGAAAACAACAACCACAAGAGAAAGCAUUGAACAGGUGGGUCAGUUUCUGCACUGCCCAGUCACAAAGUCCUUCAUUUGUCUCCAGUGGGGUUGGAUCAGGUCCCAUUGCUUUGCCUACAUCUUUUGAGUGGCUUUUUCUACUUGUACCCGUCAGAAUUUGUGAAUGUAAGUUUGGAAAGUUUUUCAAUAAACUGAGAAUUAAAUAUUGGCAAAAGUA